CCCCACCCCCGUCUCGACCUCACGAUCCAAGCCAACAACAAUUAUACUACGACCCGACCCGACCCGACCAGCGCCCUCCCUCUUUCCAUCAAUCUUUCUCCCGUCCCCCAAAUCUCUCGAUCUCGGAGCAGCGAUGACUCGCGGCGACCAGAGGGAGCGGGACAGGCAGAGGGCGCAGGCGCGGAAGCCGGGGGCCAAGGGCCGCGACGACGGGCUCACGCCGGAGCAGCGACGAGAGAGGGACGCCAAGGCGCUGCAGGAGAAGACAGCCAAGAAGGCGGCGCAAGCCACGCAGGGGGCCGACGACGCCAAGAAGAACGCCGCCGGCAAGAAAUAGUAGUUCGGAUCCGGAUACCGGCCCAGCGGCAUAUUGGAUCUGUUCUGUCUGUCUCGUGAAUUGUCAUGAAGUGGAGAGAUGUUCUGAUGUAGAAUUUCUGUGCGAUGUGGUUGCGCCCGGCUUGUAGCACAAUUCUUUCGGCGCCUCCAGAUCGGGCCCGUGUUGUUGAUGCGUAAUUCGUGAAUCUUUGAUGCAAUGAGAUUAAUUUCGUCGUUA